CCGGCGCUUCCCAGCCGCUCGUCCCGCCCCGCCGGUGGCAGGUGGCGGCGGGUCCCAGAGGGUACGGCGGUACUGAAGGAGCCGGCGGCUGGGCAGGUAUAAGCAAUUGAAGACAAUUCUUCUUGCUGUCCAGAGAUGGAAAACAACAUAACUACUAUCUCUCGUGAAGAGCUUGAAGAACUAAGAGAAGCAUUCAGUAAAAUAGAUAUUGACAACAGUGGGUAUGUCAGUGAUUAUGAGCUUCAAGACCUGUUUAAAGAAGCAAGUGUGCCCUUGCCUGGUUACAAAGUCCGUGAGAUUGUAGAAAAAAUCAUUGCAGUAACAGAUACCAACAAGGACGGGAGAAUUGACUUUGAAGAAUUUGUUUCUAUAAUUCAGGAAUUGAAAAGUAAAGACAUUAGCAAAUCUUUCCGAAAAUCAAUAAACAAAAAGCAAGGUAUUACCGCAAUUGGAGGAACAUCAGCAAUAUCUAGUGAAGGGACACAACACUCUUAUUCAGAGGAAGAAAAGGUUGCUUUUGUUAAUUGGAUAAAUAAAGCUCUACAAGAUGACCCAGACUGUAAGCACCUCCUACCUAUGAACCCAUCAGAUGCCAGUCUUUUUAAAUCCCUUGCAGAUGGCAUCCUCCUUUGCAAAAUGAUCAACUUUUCACAACCAGAUACAAUUGAUGAAAGGGCUGUUAACAAGAAGAAACUCACUCCUUUCACUAUUUCUGAAAACCUAAACCUGGCUCUGAACUCAGCAUCUGCUAUUGGCUGUACGGUUGUCAAUAUUGGAUCACAAGAUUUGCAAGAAGGAAAACCACAUUUGGUAUUAGGACUCUUGUGGCAGAUAAUUAAAGUUGGUCUUUUUGCUGAUAUUGAGAUCUCUAGAAACGAAGCUCUUAUCGCCUUGUUAAAUGAAGGGGAAGAACUAGAUCAGUUAAUGAAGCUUUCCCCGGAAGAGCUCUUGCUACGCUGGGUGAACUACCAUCUGGCCAAUGCAGGGUGGCAGAAAAUAAAUAACUUCAGCCAAGACAUCAAGGAUUCAAGAGCAUACUACCAUCUGUUAGAUCAGAUUGCACCCAAAGGAGGUGACCUUGAUGAAUUGCCCAUUAAAAUUGACUUUUCAGGAUUUCAUGAUAAAAAUGACUUGAGGAGGGCUGAAUACAUGCUCCAACAGGCAGAUAAAUUGGGCUGCAGACAGUUUGUAACUCCAGCUGAUGUGGUUGCAGGCAACCCUAAACUCAAUUUGGCUUUUGUUGCAAAUCUCUUUAACACAUAUCCAGCCCUACACAAGCCUGACAAUUCAUCUUACGAUCUCAAUUUAUUAGAAGGAGAAAGUAAUGAAGAAAGGACUUUCAGAAACUGGAUGAAUUCACUGGGUGUAAGCCCAUAUGUUAAUCAUUUAUACAGUGACCUCUCUGAUGCUUUAAUAAUCUUCCAAUUGUAUGAUAUGACUCGUGUGCUGGUUGACUGGAACCGUGUCAACAAACCUCCUUAUCCAUUACUCGGUGGUAACAUGAAAAAGAUUGAGAAUUGCAAUUAUGCAGUAGAACUCGGGAAGACAAAAGCCAAAUUCUCACUGGUUGGUAUUGCUGGACAUGAUCUAAAUGAGGGUAACCCAACUCUGACUUUAGCUUUGGUAUGGCAGCUGAUGAGAAGGUAUACUUUGAAUGUACUAUCAGACCUUGGAGAGGGGGAAAAAGUAAAUGAUGAAAUUAUUAUUAAGUGGGUGAAUCAGACACUUGCAAAAGCAAAUAAGAAAACUUCAGUUACGAGUUUCAAGGACAAAUCAAUUAGCACUAGUUUACCUGUCCUAGAUUUAAUAGACGCUAUUGCACCAAAAGCCGUUCGUCCAGAAAUGGUCAAGAGAGAAGAUCUUUCUAAUGAAGACAAACUAAAUAAUGCUAAAUACGCUAUUUCAGUUGCUCGAAAAAUUGGUGCUCGUAUCUAUGCUCUCCCAGAUGAUCUGGUUGAAGUGAAGCCAAAAAUGGUGAUGACAGUGUUUGCAUGUUUGAUGGGAAGAGGACUCAACAGAAUAAAAUAAUUAAGACAUGUAAUAUAACUUUCUGCCAUGUUGAGCACGAAGAAUGCCUCACAGUUCAGAAUUCUGAAGCUUAGUAUAAAAUCAGAAAAUUUGUAUGCACAAAUAUCCUAAUUAAUGAAAUUUUAAUAAUGUGUUUAUAUUAGUUAAAACUAUUCCAUUUCAUAACAUAUUGAUUAUUUAUGGGUAUUACUGUUUUCAGAACAUGUUCAUUAUCAAAUUAACAUUAAAGAUUUGUAUUGCUUAA